UUCCUAGCAAGAAAGUUCGGAGAGAUAUUCUGGACACACAAAUUUUGCUGGCAUGCUUGGAGCACUGUGUUUAGCACUGUUAUUACAGUGCACUAUGGCUCAAGAGGCUGAGGAUAUGGCAGAGGAUCAAAACUCUGUGAAUGCGAUAUUUGAAAGGAUUGAAGACUACGCAGACACCUUAGAUUUAGACACAGAUAAAGACGAAUUUUUCUGGGAUGAAGAAUACUGGAUGCUACCAUUCCAGCAUGUUAUGAAGUGUCCAGAUGGCCAUGGCUGGGAAGGGGAUUUCACAAACGGUCACUGUAAACCAUGUUCGGCAGGUCAUUUCGCAGACGAUGACGAUUUUGGUUUAAAGUCAAGAUGCAUUCCAUGUCCAUCAGACGAAUUUGAAGACGGCCAGGAGCAGGGAUAUUGUUAUGGAUAUUGCAACGUUGGAACAACUUUUCAGGUUGGGUCUACACAAGAAAGCGAUUGCGUUGAUCCUGAUGAAAUGUUUGGAGAAGGAUCUUUUCAAAGUGAGGUUUCCGUAGAAGUUGACAUGACUGGUGACUGGUCUUUCUUGAAUGAUAUUCUCAAGGAGGCAUCUGGCAUCAGCUUUUACGAAGCAAAAGCAUUUGUUGAGUACGACGAAAAAGACCACUUUAGCAAACUUCAGGUUCGGGCUAUGCUACCAAAUAACGUUGCAGUGCAUGCUCACGGCUUUUUAUUGAAAUUCAAAGCUUACAAAGACUCGAUCAAUGACUAUGCUUCUCUUGCUGACCAUUACACAAGAAUCGUCUUCGACAUGCUUAAUAAUGCGGAGACAUUCAAAGAGUUUGGGUGGAAGAUGAAUCACGAUCAACUCAGGGUCAAAGACGAGGAGAUCUUGAGUGUUGACGUUCACCUAAACCAACAUUGCGAGGAUGGUUAUCGCUCUGCAGAAUGGGAAGGAGUGGGAACCAAAUGCGUAAAAGAUAACACGAAUGCCCCAUCUUUGAAAAAAAGUGUGUUUAUCCAAUACGUAGGAAAAUCUCAAGACUGUAUGAGUCUUGGUGGUGAGGCAAGACUUAGAGAUUUUGUACAAUACAACUGGCCCUUCCCUUGCCUUGAAAGUGAUGAAUGUGAGGCACAUUUCACAACCUGCAACACGCUUAUUUCUGGAGAAUGUGCCAUAAUGAUACAUUUGAUUUUCUAUGACGAUGAUGCCGGGCAAGGAACUGUGGAAUCAAACCUUGAUAAAGCAAAGGAUGUGGAAUACUACGACGGAGAAUCAUUUGAAUACUCGGAAGAAAAUUCGUACAAAUUCAGAGACAGUUCUGAAUGUGGAGCGGAUCCAAAAAUAGACUCAGAUGGAUCAUUUAAAUGUUCAGAGAGCUGCGAUUCCGAGAGUGGUUAUCGACUAACCAAAUCCGGCAACUGUCAAAAGUGCCCUUACAGCACUUGGUUCGAUAUAAAUUCUGAAAGCAAUUUCCCAAGAUGCCACUCAUGUGGCUUUUAUCAGAGUGUGACAGUUUUCGAUAAUGUCCCAAAGAGCGCCGAAGGUUGUUUAAAUGGCGGGUAUACCAGGGAAAAAAACUCUGAUGGCGUGUGGGGAGGCUAUGGGGCGUCCAUAGAUGCAGAUAUAGAGUAUGAAGUAAAUGCAAACAUAGAAAUGUACCUCUGUGAAUUUAUGGAAGUUAAACAGAGAUUUGAAAAUUUCUGUUCUGACAAGUUUUCCUUGGAGGAUAUGUCCCUUGAUGAUUUUACAGAUUAUAACCUGGAAAUGCUAGGGUGCCUGGUCAUGGAAGAAUUUUCAGAGAUCCAUGAACACAGUUGCAAGGACUUUGACCGUUCAUGGUCAGACAUCAUGAAUGAUUUCGAAUGGGAAGAUGUUGCCUGUUUUGUCACAGAAGGCAUUUAUAAGAUUGAUGAAAAAGGUCAAAACUGUGAAAACUUAUCUGAUGAUGAAAAGCGUCUCACUAUGUCUUUUGAUUUUUCUGAAUACUUAAGUGACACUGUAUGGGCUAAUGGCUUUUAUCUGCCACUUUUCUCCCAGGUCGGGAAAAUGGAAAGAUUUCAAAUGGAUACAGUCAGUAAGACAGUUGAGGGUGCAUUCCGUAAAUUUGGAAUGUAUGAGAUGACCAAGCUAACAGGUCUAGAAAUGAUGGAUCAUAUGAGAGAUAUGAUCUUAUCAAUCCCUCGAGGACUGAGGAUUACAAACGGAGCAUUAACAACACUUGAUAUCUCCGAUAUUUUAUGCGAAAACGGAAAUGUGAAACUCCAUUGCAGUGAUGACUCAUGUCGAAGUUGCAAAAAUAAUGCUGAUGGUGGUGAAUCAGCAGAUGAUGCUGCAGCAGAUGAUGCUGCUGCUGAUGAUGGCUCAGGCUGUUAUGAAGAUGGAUGCAACAAUUGCCAAGCAGUAUGGCCAUCUAGUGUAGAGUGCGAACCAGAAUGUGAGGUUCAACAUGAUAUUGAUAACGGGAGAUUAAUCAAAAUAAGUGAUAAUGAUUGGGUUGAAAAUCAACUAUGUGAGGGCUGUAACAAUAUUGCGACAACAUAUCGAUAUAGUUGUGAAGAAGGAUACAGGUUAGACAACUUGGGUGGUGGUGAUGAUGUGUGUAAUAUAGCAAAAGUUUACUGCAAGACAACAGACAAUACAAUCAACAGACAACCAAACUGUGUGAGGGACACCUGUGUAUUCAGGGAAUUAGAAAAUGGAUACAUCGCAAAAAAACAUGCUGAUCUGGAUAGCCCAUGUCGGUAUGCUGAAUACGAAUGUGACCCUGGAUAUGAAAUGGAAGGGGAAAGAAUGGUGUCCUGUUCUCUUGAGGACGAUCAAUCUGAUAUGCCUAGAUGUGUCAAGGCAGAGUGCCAAUUUCCCGAGGAGCUGGAAAAUGCAAGACUUGUAGGAGAGUAUGUCAAUUGGGAGGGAAGUCGUAGAGGUUGGUAUCAAUGCUUGGACGGAACUCGGGAUUACGAUGACAUUUACGUUAGAUUAGAAUGUCGUAGUGAAUCUCAAUCAACAGGCUGUGAAAAGAUGUACGAUUGCCCUUCCGUAAUCGAAAACGGAUACUUGAUGAGGGAAUGGGAAUGGAAUUCAGAAUAUGAACAAGAAUAUACUUACAUCGGAGAAUACAGAUGCAAUCCUGGAUUCGAGCUGAGGAAUGCUAAAAUAUUCAGCGCGAGUGAAGAAGAUUACAAGGAAAAAUAUGGCUGGGGAAAGUGUAUAGAUGGAGAAAAUAAUACCCCAGAUCCUGAGAAUCUGCCUCGUUGUGUGCGACCUGACAGCCCUGAGCCCUGCAACAUGCCAGAGAAAAUUUUAAACGGAUAUCGAGUGGAAGAAAUAAAGAACGAAAUUUACGAUAUUGUCGACCAAGCAAGAUACAGGUGUAACAGUGGGUACAUGAUGAGUGAAACCUGGAAAGGUGACAUAGGCUGGUGUAGAAGCGACCGAACUUUUGAACUUCCUUACUGUGUGGAUCCAAAAGAUUGGUACACAAUAGAAUUUGAGCUGGUUUCCGGAUUUAGCAAGAUGGAGAACGCUGGUCGGGUCAGGGGCAGACACAAUUACGCUGAUGGAUCCUCUGGAGAUUGGUAUGCAGGAUGUGACGACCACUUUAACGGUCCAGCCGCCGGAGCGAUUUGUAGAUCUAUGGGAUUCAGACACGGCAAGCAGAUCAAAGCUGACAAGAAAAUGAAACCAAUUUCUGAUCUUCCGUUUGGAAUAACCAACAUCUUCUGCUACCACGACGAUACGCUCAUAAUGAGUCCAAGUUGUAAUGCGGAUAAAUAUGGACAAUUGGGUUGGCCUAUUUGCACACCAGAGGAACAAAUCGCUGUUCACUGUUUCAACGAAAUGUGGAAAGUUGACGUUGGCUUUAGCAUGGUUGAGCGAAGUGGAAAAAUGUUCUGUCCGGUGAAAGUUUUGAAAGAAGGAAAAGAGAUGAAGCUAAAGAACAUGGACGUACGUGUGGAGUGGGGAGGGGUACACCUAGAAAGUGGAGAUGACUACAAAACAGAAUAUUUUAAGGAAGGAGUCCAUUACACCACAAAUGGAAAAUUCAGUCUAAAGAAGGGGUUCAAAGCUCGUUUUACCGGGGACAAAAAGGAGUACGACUGCUUCUUCUGUGAUAUCUACAUGAAUGAUCAAAUCAUGAACCCCUGGCCAGACAAAAACCACAACUGUCCAACCGAGUAUUCUGAAGAUGACGAUAUGAAGGAGGACUACAAUGGCAGUCAUCAACUUCUCUUCUGGGAACCCCUUUAAGGACAUCGUCGAAGGGGAAGACCACAUCUCACAUACAACUAGUAUUCUUGCUUCGCAUCGAGAUGGUUGCAGAGCAACGAUCUGGAUGGGUUGAAGGGUUGACAUCAUCAAUCAAGCAUGGACUAAACAAGUCAGCCCGACAUAACUUUUGCGAACGUCAUGAAAUAAAUCGAACUACUUAAGUUUAAAGAACAUUUUACAGAUUUAAGUUUAGUAUAGUAGCUUUUUUUUCUGUGAUAUAUAAAGAUUCUUAUUCAGUUUUAAAUUCCGAUUAUUUUUUCGAUGAUUUUUAUUUAAAAUAACGACUGAUCUGAAAGAUAAGAAAUUCAGUUUAAACACUGAUAUUGCAUGAUAUACGACAUGAGGUUCAUUUCAUUUCAUAUUCAAAUUAUUGAUAGUUAUAGAUAGUUCCCUUUUAUUUCUAAAUGAGUUUGAUAAAAAAAAAGCAUGUUUAACAUCAGUGUUAUUAUAAGCGUGGACGGACAGUUUGUUCAAGAUUAUUUUAAAGUUAAUUAGAACUUACAUAGAUGUUCAAAUAUCUCGUUGAAUACAAUAAAUUGAUGUAUGUAUAUUUUACUUUGAGUAAAAA